UGAGCUAAUCAGCAGCGGAGGGAGUCUGUACCCGCAGCGUGGAUAUGUCGGACCCGGCUACACAGGCCUUACAGCCCCGGCUUCUCCAAGCCCAGUCGAGUGGCUCAGCGGGAUCCGGUGCUGCAGCAGCAGGCUCCGGUACAGGGAACAGCGACCCGGUUAGACCAGGACUUAGCCAGCAACAGCGUGCGAGCCAAAAGAAAGCCCAAGUCCGAGCUUUUCCACGGGCGAAAAAGCUUGAGAAACUUGGCGUAUUCUCCGCGUGCAAGGCCAGUGACACAUGCAAGUGCAAUGGAUGGAAAAACCCAAACCCCCCUUCAGCUACACGGAUUGAUCUGCAGCAGCAAGCAGCCAGUCUGAGCGAGCCCUGCCGCAGCUGUGGACAUGCACUGGCUGAUCAUGUGUCCCAUCUGGAGAAUGUGUCUGAGGAUGAGAUUAACAGGCUGUUGGGGAUGGUGGUUGAUGUCGAGAACCUUUUCAUGUCUGUACACAAAGAAGAGGACACUGAUACCAAACAAGUGUACUUCUACCUUUUCAAGCUACUGAGGAAAUGCAUCCUGCAGAUGAGUCAGCCUGUUGUGGAGGGAUCCCUGGGAAGUCCACCGUUUGAAAAGCCCAACAUCGAGCAGGGCGUUUUGAAUUUUGUACAGUACAAGUUCAGCCACCUUGCGCCAAGGGAGAGACAGACCAUGUUUGAACUAUCAAAGAUGUUUCUCAUAUGUCUGAAUUACUGGAAGCUUGAGACACCGACGCAGUAUCGUCAGCGCACCCAGAAAGACGAUGCAACAGCAUACAAGUUGGACUACACCAGGUGGUUGUGCUACUGCCACGUCCCGCAAAGUAAUGACAGCCUGCCUCGCUACGAGACCACGCAGGUGUUUGGCCGAAACUUACUCAAGUCCAUCUUUACCGUUACUCGCCGCCAGCUCUUGGAGAAGUUUAGAGUGGAGAAGGACAAACUGCUGCCAGAGAAACGCACACUUAUCCUUACGCACUUUCCCAAGUUCUUAUCGAUGCUGGAGGAGGAAAUCUACGGGGAAAAUUCACCGAUAUGGGAGGCUGACUUCACCAUGCCUGCCUCAGAAAGCACACAGAUUGGACAUCAGACAGUGAUCAGUCCUGCUUCAGCGUCCGGGUCUCCUGCUUUGUCCAAAUGUCUGAACAGCUCCUCCUCUCUGGGCAGUACGGAUACAGGAGGCGUAGAGCCCAUCACAGGGGACAAACGCAAACUUCCAGAGGCAUUGACGCUGGAAGAUGCUAAGAGAAUCCGUGUGAUGGGGGACAUUCCUAUGGAGUUGGUGAAUGAAGUCAUGAUGACGAUCACUGAUCCUGCUGCUAUGCUCGGACCGGAGACUAAUCUGCUGACACCUAAUGCUGCUCGUGACGAGACAGCCAGACUAGAAGAGAGACGGGGCAUCAUUGAGUUCCACGUUAUCGGAAACUCCCUUUCCCAAAAGUCCAACAAGAAGAUCCUGAUGUGGCUUGUUGGCCUUCAGAACGUAUUUUCCCAUCAGUUACCUCGCAUGCCCAAAGAGUACAUAACACGACUCGUGUUUGACCCGAAGCACAAAACCUUAGCCCUCAUUAAAGAUGGCCGCGUCAUUGGAGGCAUCUGUUUUAGGAUGUUCCCCACUCAGGGCUUCACAGAGAUAGUGUUCUGUGCCGUCACAUCCAACGAACAAGUCAAGGGCUAUGGCACCCACCUGAUGAACCACCUGAAGGAAUAUCACAUUAAACACAACAUCCUUUAUUUCCUCACUUAUGCUGAUGAGUAUGCCAUUGGCUACUUCAAAAAGCAGGGUUUUUCCAAAGAUAUCAAAGUGCCCAAGGGUCGAUACCUGGGCUAUAUCAAAGACUAUGAGGGAGCAACCUUGAUGGAGUGUGAGCUAAACCCAAGGAUUCCCUACACAGAGCUUUCGCACAUUAUUAAAAGACAGAAGGAGAUUAUAAAGAAGCUGAUUGAGAGAAAACAGAGUCAGAUCAGAAAGGUUUACCCAGGUCUGACCUGCUUCAAAGAGGGCGUGCGACAGAUCCCAGUGGAAAGCAUCCCUGGAAUAAGAGAGACAGGCUGGAAACCCAAUAGCAAGGACAAAGGGAAAGAGGUGAAGGACCCUGAUGUGCUUUACAACAUGCUGAAGAACCUUCUGGCACAAAUAAAGACUCAUCCUGAUGCUUGGCCUUUCAUGGAACCAGUGAAGAAAUCUGAAGCUCCUGAUUACUAUGAAGUCAUCCGCUUUCCUAUUGACCUGAAGACCAUGGCAGAGAAACUCAAGAACAGAUACUAUGUAACCAAGAAGCUCUUUAUUGCGGAUCUUCAGCGAAUCAUCAGCAACUGUCGCGAGUACAACCCUCCAGACAGCGAGUACUGCAAGUGUGCCAACACGUUGGAGAAGUUCUUCUACUUCAAAUUAAAAGAUGGAGGCCUGAUAGAGAAAUGAACUAUAGCUUAUGUGAAAAAAAUAUUGCCAGCUUUCGUCACAUCUGGGGUAAGAAAAAUGUAUGAAAACAAUACAAUUUGGAAAGGAUUUAUGGGACUUAAGAAAAGAAAGGCAUCACAGUCAGCUGAGCAUUAACAGUGUCAAACUGACAUCUUCUUCAAGUCAUCUUGUGGCAUUUCCCAGAACUCAGUGGGAGAAUAAUGUGAAUUAUUCAUGCCUCAUUGAGUGUACCAAAGUUUUACAGGUCCAAGAUUUAAAACUGCUUCUGUUGUGUUAUUUACUGAUUCAUAUUUAUUGUCAUUGAAUAAUGGUUUAGUUGCAUAAAACAAGACACAGGAGCCAGUGUAUGUUAGAAAACUGGACUUUGGGACCUAAAGCCAUGUUGCCUUCUGUUACUGAAAGACACUUGAACAUCCCAGCCAGUUCACAGACGUGAAGAUUGCCCUUCUCAGAGGGUUUGUUUGGAGAGAGUGAAAGUUCACUCAAAAAUACUGAGUCCACUUGAAUCAGUCAUUAAUUGAAAAAUGUAAAUAGAUUUUUGUUUGCUAUAACAUGGAAAAAAAGUGUUUUGUUUUUUUUCCCUCAAGUACUGGUGGUCUUUUUUUUUUUUUUUGGAUUAUAGAGAAAUAAGUUUUAUCAUCAUUUAGGGAAACAGCUUUUUAAGGCAUUGUUUACUCCAGACAGAUUAAUCUUCUUCUGAAGUUAAAGGACAUGUUUGGCCUCACUUCCAGGCAUGGAAUUGGUUUUAAAUAUUUCCUGUGCCAAACUAAGCAGUUUCCAGAAAACAAACAUUUUUGUGAUCACAGCAUCACGCACUUUCAUGAUAUUAAAGAAGCUCUCCAAGCGUCAUUCUGUUAGCAAGGUUUUGUACCAGAUACUUCACUACAAGGUCACAUUAUUAGCUUUAAAAAAUCCCUGUAUUGGUGAAUAGCAGGUGGUGGCACCGGCUAGUUUUUUUUUGUAGUCAGUUUUCUCAAACAUGUUAUAAAUAGUACUGUGUUUAACAUAACACACAUUUUUUUGUUGGAUUAUUGAGAUGAAGAUGCAAACAAAGUGGGGAGAAGAGAUCCAGGAAGACUUGACUUUGGUUUAAUUCCAUAUUGACUGCACACAACCCGAAGUAGAUGUUAAUUCAUAACAGUUUACAUUUUUUCCUUUUUUAGAAAAUAACCCACUUGUUUUUGCUGUUUAUACAUUUGCUAUUUACCUAUAAAACAUUUUUUUUAUUAUUGGUCAGUGUCAAAGUGCUUCCUGAGCUGCAUCUAGUUUUUCAGGGAAGUAAAUGUCAAAUGCUGACUGAUUCAGCGUAUUGAAUGUUUCAUUGACACUGUAUGUGUGUGAUAAUCUUUUAUUUUGUACUUGAAUGACUUAAGAGCUUUGUUGAAGUGAUGUCAGUGCUGCAUUAUUCAGGGUUUUCAAUAACGCAAUUUCACCUUAAAUCCACCUAUGCUGCAUUUCAAUCUCUUAAUAAAAAAAGCUUCAGUUGGAGUGAAGCUUCCGGCUGUUGAAUUGAAUGCCAUUUACUGUAAAACUGUUCAUGACAAUAAAUAAGUUUUUAUGUAAGUAUUUGA